ACUGUGAAAGCAGCGUUCAGGCCCUGCGAAGAGAAAUGGGGACCGAACGAUCCUAAGAUUCGACUGGAAUGGAAGGAGUUCAUAGCUGAAAAGAACUUCCAGUAUCGCGGUGGUUUCGUCGAAACUUUUUUAAACUGUCAUUUUCAAGAUUUCUCACGGCACACGAUGUCUAUGAGAGAAGACAAAGGUGUCGAUCAGUCUUCCAAACGCUCUUGUGUAGCAAAGAUCGCGCUUAGAUUAUUUCGGUACGAUUUAUGCAGUUUAUCCGUGUGCAGGAGUGAUUAUGCGUUGCAUAAAGAAAAAGAUCUUAUCUUCUCAGUCAGAGUCGACGACAGUCACAGUGGAGGAGAAACCUACAAGGGCUCAGUGGACUAACAAAAUGGAAUUUUUGAUGUCCUGCGUUGCAUUCUCGGUUGGCCUUGGAAACGUUUGGAGAUUCCCAUACACUGCCUAUCAAAACGGUGGUGGUGCGUUCCUGGUGCCAUACGUGAUCGUCUUGUUCAUUGUUGGCAAACCGAUCUACUACAUGGAAAUGAUACUGGGACAAUUUAGCAGCAGAUCUUGCAUAAAAAUCUGGUCCAUCUCGCCGCUUUUCAGAGGCAUUGGCUAUGGCUUGACGAUCUCUGUUUUCUCAGUAGUCACGUACUAUUGUUCUCUGAUGGCACUGACGUUGUAUUAUUUGUCAGCUAGUUUCCAAUCAGUUCUUCCUUGGGCCUACUGCUGGGAAGAGUGGAAGGACAUCUGCUUCGACAGUGCUUCAACUACUAAUAACGAGAUAGUAGCAAAUAUUAGUAGCAAAAGUAGCUCUGCUGACUUGUACUUUCGCAAGGUAGUUCUUAACGAAACUGGAAUACAGGAAGGUUUGGGACUUCCGUCGUGGCAAUUGGUCCUCGCUCUGUUCGUCAGCUGGACGUCUGUUUUCGUAGUGUUGAGCAAGGGCGUGAAGAGCAGCGGGAAAGCAGCGUACUUCCUCGCUAUAUUUCCAUACGUGAUCAUAAUAACUCUUUUGAUAAGGGCAGUCACGUUGGAAGGAGCGGUCGACGGAAUAAUAUUCCUGUUUGAGCCAACCUGGGAGAAGAUUCUCGACCCGUCAGUAUGGUAUGCAGCCGUGACGCAAUCCUUCUUCUCCCUCGGAGUCUGUUUCGGGGCUGUUGUCAUGUAUUCCUCCUACAAUCGCUUCGACCAUAACAUAUUGAGAGAUUGCACGGUAGUGACAACCUUGGACUUGGGCACAAGCCUGAUAGCAGGGACAACCAUUUUCGGUAUUCUGGGCAAUCUCGCUCACGAGUCUGACAAAGACAUCAGCAACGUGGUUCGUGCCGGAACAGGUUUAGCUUUUAUCUCAUAUCCGGAAGCCCUGGCGAAAUUCACUGUGGUCCCACAAUUGUUCGCCGUGCUCUUCUUCCUGAUGCUGUUUAUCUUGGGCAUAGGUACCAGCGUGGCGUUCACCGCUGUCAUCAACAGCGUUAUUAAGGACAGAUUCCCUCAUCUCCAAGACUGGAAGAUUGCUGGUGGCGUUUGCUCUGUUGGCUUUCUCGUUGGAAUCGUUUACUGCACGAGAGGCGGGCAAUACAUCCUGAACUUGGUAGACUAUUUCGGUGGCACGUUCGUCAUAGUAUUCCUGGCUUCUUUCGAACUGGUCGCUAUUUCCUGGAUAUACGAAGACACACAUUUCCGACGAAAUAUUGAAGCUGGUUGCUUUAUAUCUCGCUUCAUUUUCCUCGCAGGUGUCGACAAUUUUCUAGACGAUGCAGAAUUUAUGCUGGGCAACAGACCCUCGUUCUACUGGAGGUUCUGCUGGUAUUUUCUAACACCGUUGACGCUCCUCUCGAUUCUUAUUUACUUCCUCUGCGAGCUGACGCCCAUCACGUACAACGACGAAUAUUAUCCAACUUCCGCCUAUGGUACAGCAAAUUCUACGGCUCCACGGUCGGCCAGAAUUGCUUAAACCGAAUCCCGAUUGGGGACCAAAGGAUCCCACCAAGUACAAAGAAUGGAAGGAAUUCAAAGACUCGAAGAGGAUCGCGAGGAUGAGCUUGGACAAGAAAAGAUCGAGGAUCGUUGCUUUGUUGAUCGGAGAGGAUUGAGAAUGAUCGUGCUAUCGAAAAAAAGAUAUAUA